AUGUUUAUUCUAUCUGUGGAUCAUGUCUUCAGCCUCAUUCUUACUCGAGGUUUCGAAACGGCCCAGCUUGUUAUUUCCGAAUCGGGCGAAUUCUCCGCCGUGCAAGUCGUGAUGGCUCCUCCAUUUCAGGUUGUGGAAAGCAAGACCAUUGAUGGCACCAUCAUCAGAGGCCGGUUCUAUGCCGUGGAUGGCAAAGGACCCGUCAUUAUCAUGACUCCGGGGUUCAAUUGCGUCAAAGAAAUGUUGCUCCCCGACAUUGCAGAGAUAUUCCAAUCACAAGGCUUCAAUGCCUAUGUCUACGACCCCCGCAGCAUUGGCGACAGUGACGGCACCCCCAAGAACCUUAUUGAUCCCCUUCAACAAGCAGAAGAUCUGACAGACAUCAUCACGCAUAUUUCCUCCCUUCCCAGUGUCGAGUCCUCGCAGAUUGCCCUCUGGGGCAUGUCCUUUGGUGGCACCGUCAGCGCCACGGCGGCGGCAGUCGACCGUCGCGUCAAGGCGCUCGUCAUGGUGUGCCCGAUCCUGAGCUUCUACCAGGCGGAGAAGCGGGAGAAGGCGUUUCUGCAGCUGAUGCGGGACCGGCAGUCGCAGCUGCGCGGCAACGAGCCCUUUAUGCUGCCGCCGUUCAACAGCAAGGGCGAGAACCCGAUUGGUAUGGCGGGCUCGGGCGGUCCCGGCGGGCUCGAGGCGUACGGCUUCAUGGGCGCCAUUAUUGACCGCGGCGCGCCCAACUUCCGCAACAAGAUUGCGCUGCAGACGUACCAAAAGCUGGCCAUGUGGCAGCCCAAGGAGAUUCUCAAGCUCGUGGACAAGACGCCUGUCAUGAUGGUCACGCCUGAGCUGGACACCAUGUCGCCGCCCGAGGAGCAAAAGGCCGCGUUUGCGCUCUUCCCGCAGACCAAGACCUUCCUGGAGGCCAAGGGCAAGGGUCAUCUCACUGUGCUGAGCGGCGAGGGCUCGGACAAGGUGGUGGACGCCAUGGCGGAGUUUGUACGGGAGAUUCUUGGAAGCUAG